UGUCGCUUCAGUCUGUUUAAAGUCGUAAGGGUGCGUAAACGCGUUUUUAUUUCGCGCGCACAUUGUCGAUGUUUUUUACGACAAAUCACGCGUUCUUUACUUAAAACUUAUUAUUGCAGUAAAAUAUACGAAAUAUAGUAAUAAAACUACAAUUUAUAAUACGUUUCGGUUGUUUUUAACAAAAUUCGAAAGAGAAAGCUUUAGGUCAAAUUUAUUCCGGGUUGUGAAAUAUUCGUGUGUUUAAAAGUGGAAUUAAGGAUUAGACAUCCGUCAUAUUAAACAAUGACUGAAUAGAUCAACAUAAAGUUGUUAUUAUGAUACUGUCCCCGCUGAUAUGGCUUGCGAAAUUUCAACAUGGCGGUAUCGCCAACCAAUUCUUCAUGGCUUUAAUGGUAACAAUCCCCGUGCUAAACUUCGGCAUGUUAAUGGGCUGGCAGUCGCCCAUGACGCCGAUCCUGCAAUCAAUCGACGGGCCCGCGCCCGAACCGAUCAGUGAUGAGACGAUCUCCUGGAUGGCAUCUAUCACCUUCUUCCCUUCUAUAUUCUGCGGCGUCCUGGUCGGGGAUCUGGCGGACAGGUGGGGCAGGAAGACUACGACGAUGCUGACUUCUCUUAUGCUUGUGAUAAGUUGGAGUAUAACUCUAUUCUCGCUUCGGCCAUGGGCUCUCAUCGCGUCACGGGCGGUGGCCGGGCUGGCUUGCGCGGGCUGCUAUGUCGUCACACCAUUGUAUUUGAAGGAGAUAGCAUCCGACAAAAUCCGCGGUGCGCUAGGUUCCCUCUUCGUCCUGGUUCAGAACCUGGGUUACCUGCUGGUCUACGUGGUUGGAGACGUGAUGUCUUUCGCAGCUGUCAUGUGGAUAUGCACAGCUAUACCUGUUCUGCAUCUUUUGGUGUUCCUAGCGAUGCCGGAGACACCAGUUUUUCUAGUCAAACAAGGGAAAUUUAAGGAAGCCCGUGCCGCUCUAGCCUGGCUACGUAAUACCUCUGUAGAAGAUAAGAAUUUAGAAGAAGAAGUCCAGCAGAUGGAGAGGGAAGAAGAAUAUGCCAAAUCUAUGGAAAAGGCUUCUUGGAAAAGUUUAUUUAAAGACAAGAACACAUUCCAAGCCUUCAGAAUAUCCCUCAACGUCAUGUUAUCACAAGAAACGUGCGGGUACCUUGUAGUACUGAUGUACGCUGGUUCAAUAUUCGAUCAAGCGUCUCAAUCUAUUAGCUUGAAGCUAAGUCCCAAUAAGCAGACCAUUGUCGUUGGUGUUAUACAGCUCUUGGGGUCGAUUGUGGCUAGCUGUAUUGUGGAGAAGACUGGGAGGAAGUGGCUGUUAGCGGGCACAUCCCUCGCCACGGGUGUGUCGAUGCUGGGUCUGGGCGCGUGGUUCUACGUGACGUCAGUGGGCGGGUGGCUGCCGGGCUGGCUGCCCGUGCUCGCCAUGUGUCUGUGCAUCUUCUCUAAUGCCGCUGGUUAUCAGCCCGUGCCGUAUGUUAUUACGUCCGAGUUGUUUUCUUUUCAACAUCGUGGCAUGGUAACAUCAAUAGUGAGCAGUGUUGACGCCCUCAGCGACUUUCUCCAAACUAAAGCAUACGAUCCAAUGCUAAAAUUACUCGGAAUCCACUGGGUUUUCAUAUUCUUCUCCUUUAUCUGCUUUCUGGGAACAUUAUACACUGUUCUGUACGUACCAGAGACUAAAGACAGAACUGUAGAAGAAAUAUACGCUAUUCUAGAAGACGGAAGAAAGAAAGUUAAAAGGAAAGACGUGGAAAAAGGCAAAGAAGUUAGUAGAUUAUAAGGAAGCUACUCGAAUGCUGAUUUAUCUGUGGACAGUAUUUUAAUAGUAGAAAAAUGUCUUAAUACUCAGAGAAGAAAAUAGUUUUGCAAUAAAUCUCUCUUAUCCUUUUCUAAAACCCGUUUCAUAUAAAACAACGGGGAUUAUUAAAAAAAAAUUAAAUACAAAUUCUCAUAGUUAGUACCUAGUUUCGUCAAUUCUUCGCCUUUUUUUCCUAAAUAAAUAAAUAGUAAUUUAGUAAAUUGGUUUUAUAUGACAAACAGGAGAAACGAAUAAAACGCCAAAAACAGAAAACAUCACUUUCCUUUCGAAAAUAACGGUACAGAAAGUUGUGAAAACCAUCACAUUACGAUAAAAUAUAAAUAAAUAAAAGAUAUUUAUUCUAUCUCUCUGUUUUAAAAUAACAUUCCAUAAUUAAAUAAAGACGAAUGUUUAAUAACAUAAAUUCAAGUGAAUUCUUCUUAUCACUUUCCCAAUAAAUAUAUAUUUUUAUGUGUAAUAUUUUAUAAUUUGUGGAUGGAAUAACAAAUGUAUGAAUUAAUACCUACUUAAUGAUUGUAAACUUACUUAAUACAAAAAAAAUGUGAAUGGAUAAUUUUUUAUGUGAAGUCGGUUAAAUGUAAAAAUAAUACAGUAAAACUUUUAAAUACCGUCAUUUUGCUAUUCUACCAAUAUUUCUAAUUAAUAUUUUUUGUACUUAAUAUGUACUUAAAAAAACACAAGUGUAUCAUAACCGCCUUAGCAAGUUAACUCAAGUUUAUUUGCUUAUUGUUGGAAUUUAUAUGAGAUUUCUACUCUAUAUGCUAAAUAACAAAAUAAAUAUUUACUUUUAACAUACAGAUUUUAUAAAAUUUUAAUAAAAGUUGAAUUAUUUAACUACAAUUGCUCAAUGUUGUUUGUUUUGGUCAAAAAAUACGUUUUCUAUAUUAUAUGAUUUUAAAAAAGAAAACAUUUGCAUAGAACCUUUGACUUUUGUGAAUGUAUUUUUAUUUAUUUUGUUUUUUUUUCAAUUAUUAUUUGAAUUUAUUUUUAAUAAAUAAAAAUCUCUAAGAAAUAUAUUUUAAAUAUUUGUGUGAUAUAUUGAAAUAAGUUUGAAUACAGAUAAUAUUUUGUGCCACAAAUACCGAAUGUGAUAUUACAACGAAUUAUUGUUAAAACGUUGGUAUUCAUAGUUUUAAGUUAUUUGUCCGACAAUAAAAAAUAUUUAUUUUGAA